GUCCCUGGAAGCCAAUGUUGACACUGCCGACAAACGUUUGGAGGCAAGACACGGCAGCUCACGCCAGGGACACGGAGCUGGGAGAAGACACGCACACUGAGGCGUCACGGCACGUCCAACAUAGAAGAAGAUAAUCACAGUGCACCUGUCUCAAAGACGAGGAACUGGACACUACUUGUUUUAAGGCAGAGGACACGUACAUUUACGUGCCAAAAGUUGACGUUACUGCACGUGUCUUAGAAACGAGGACACUGGCGGACGAGCAAAAAUGUUGCCUUUAUCUCUACUGAAGACUGCCCAAAACCACCCCAUGUUGGUGGAGUUGAAGAAUGGAGAGACAUAUAAUGGCAACCUUGUUUCUUGUGACAACUGGAUGAAUAUUAAUCUUAAAGAUGUAAUCUGCACCUCACGGGAUGGUGAUAAAUUUUGGAGGAUGCCAGAAUGCUAUAUCCGAGGUUCUACCAUAAAAUAUUUGAGAUUGCCCGAUGAGGUGAUUGAUCUUGUUAAGGAAGAAGUAGUAGCUCGUGGACGUGGUCGAGGGGAAAGCAGGGGCCGUGGUGGACCUGGACGUGGUCGUGGAGGUCCUGGCAGAGGUGGGUUUGGAGGUCGAGGACGUGGUGGACCCCCUGGUGCAGGUGGAGGUGGUGGUGGUCGAGGGGGUCCAGGACGUGGCGGCAUGAAGAAAAAAGAAGGAUUUAAGUAGUAUUUUAGGUGUAUAUUUUUAUUUUAAAUACCAGUACUGUACUGAAUGCUUAUUAAAGAAAUGAAGAGAUUUACAAUUACAGUAUACUGGUACUGUAUCAUUGAUAUACUGUAUAUAAUAUACUCUUUAAAGAUUAAUGUUUCAUUUAUAAAUACAGUACUAAGAGAAUACAGUAUAAGGUUAAAAGCCAAAAGUACUGUAGUGUUUUCUACAAUCGUGCAUUUUAAUUUAUUACUUCCAGUGUUAAUUUCUUUUUCCAUAUUUAAUAGAUCUUUUUUUGAAGAGUUAACCCCUUAUAGUUUCCUGCAUUCACACUGCUGUGUACCGUCAAAAUAGCAAAAACCCAAGUUCUACCAAGUAUUUAUAGCUGGUGUAAAUUAUUAUUUUCAAUAAAUUCGGGAAACCAUUUUUAUUUUUUUUUUAAUGUUUCAUUGUUUCAGUAUAUUACUAAAAAACAGAAUAGGCUUUUAAACAAUUUUGUUUACAAUAUUACAAAAUAUUUGUAAAUACAAUAUACAUUUGCACUAGUGUAUCAUGACAAAACAAAGUACAAGUCGAUUGUGCAUAGAUAUUAUUUCUGUGGAGCUUUCAUGUGUUGACCGUACUAGGAUUUGAUAAUCUUCUUAAUACAUAGCCUUCUAAAAUGGGUUAUCUGGAUGCUAAUGUUUUAAUAACAUUGUUGUUUCCAUGUGGAUGGUUUUGUAUGAAUUCAUGAAAUAUAAGGACAAGAUAUUUGGCAA